CAACUUGGUUGUUUGCAGGUGACGGUGAGGAUAUUUUGGUCGGUGAACCGCUCAUGGUCGGGUCGUAUAACUGCUAAUGAAUUGAGGCGAUCAAACUUCCUCGAAACAGUUCGGAAGCUGGAAACAACAGAUGAUAUCAACACAAUAACCGAUUACUUCAGUUAUGAGCACUUCUAUGUGAUUUAUUGUAAAUUCUAUGAAAUUGAUAAAGACCAUAAUUUGAUUAUUAAUAAAAUUGAUAUGUCACAACACUGUAAUGGUGGUAAGUAUUAUAUUUGA